UCUGUUGUACAGGAGGAGCCUGCAAACAGCCAAGUUGGUCAUGUAAGUUUGCGUGCUAUCUACACGUUUCAUACGUUGUUUGUUAACGGAGAAUGUAUAGAUCGAUAUGAGUGACGAUUCAUCGCCAGAAUCAGAUCUCGAAUCGUCAAUCAGUGGCUGCUACGAACCGCAGCAUACAUCAUCAAGUAUUUCAAGUCCGCAAAACGAAGACGAAACCGACAUAGACACCCUUGAAAGCCCAGAUUCAGAAGCAAACAACGUUGUACGGAUUCCCGGUCACAAGAUGGCGUUACCGAAGGAGUGGACAAACUUGGUUAUGGAACAAGAUGGACUUCUUUAUUGGAUCCAGUGCCCGUUGUGUCCAGUGAAUGCCACAAACUCCCACAGACCGAUACAAUACAUCAACGGAAUGAACGGGUUUUGUGUACACAUGAACAGGAAACAUACGGAUCAGGCACCGGAUUACUACGAGGCAAAAGAAUGGCUGCAACGUGAAGCUUUAUCACGACCAUUAUCCAAGAUCGAGGAAGAAUCUUAUCACAACGACGGCCAGGGUCAUUUCGGUAAGAGUUCGACUUCUCAGUCACACACCCAUCUUCUCUAACACAAAUUCUAGUGGAGGCCGUUCUCGCUGCGUACUUCAGACCUGGUAGGAAGAGCAAGGCCAAGGUUCGAGCACAAGAAGAACAAGACGAU